AUGGCCCCGAUCAAGGUGGGAGAUGCCCUCCCCUCCGUGGAGGUGUUUGAAGGGGAGCCGGGGAACAAGGUGAACCUGGCGGAGCUGUUCAAGGGCAAGAAAGGUGUGCUGUUUGGAGUCCCUGGAGCCUUCACCCCUGGCUGUUCCAAGACCCACUUGCCAGGUUUUGUGGAACAGGCCGGGGCUCUGAAGGCCAAGGGGGUCCAGGUGGUGGCAUGUCUGAGUGUUAAUGAUGUCUUUGUGACUGGUGAGUGGGGACGAGCCCACAAGGCGGAAGGCAAGGUUCGGCUCCUAGCUGACCCUACUGGGGCCUUUGGGAAGGAGACAGAUUUAUUACUAGAUGAUUCAUUGGUGUCCCUCUUUGGGAAUCGCCGACUCAAGAGGUUCUCCAUGGUGAUAGAGGAUGGCGUGGUGAAGGUCCUGAACGUGGAACCAGAUGGCACGGGCCUCACCUGCAGCCUGGCCCCCAACAUCAUCUCACAGCUCUGAGGCCCCGGCCCAGACACACUCCCUCCACCCUCUCCUGUCUCACCUGCCAGCCUGGGCAGGGGGCGCCACCCCAACCUCCACUGGGCCUACCUGACUGGAACUUCGGCCAGGUUUCUGCAGUAAACACUUGCGGUUCGUGUCUGUC